AGCAGCGCCUCAGCAUUUGGCCGUUCGCACCGAAAUCCAAAUGCAAUGUGGAGUCUCGACGCCACUAAUUCUUACAAUUAGAUGCGUCUGAAAUCCUUGUUUUUGUGAAAUUCAAUCAUUCUUCCGCUCCGUUGAAUCAAAAGAAGCAUUGCAAUCAAACGAACUAGAAAUUUCUUAAGCGAUGACGGAGGAUAAUUGCCCUAGAGUUUCAUCUUCCGAAUCCUUAGACUCCAAUUCCUCAUCAACGAAGCAAAGUAACCAUCCUCUCUUUUUGUGCGCUUGGUACCGGCAUGUGACGCAAACUAGAUGCGAAGCUCAUACCGAUGAAAUUAUUUGAUUGAUUGGAAGAGGAGAAAGUGGGAUCAGCCUGCGGAGACAUUUGUUCCAGAUGGAGUUGCAGUAUCUGGGAUUUUUCCAGUGGCAAACAUGGGAUCUCUUGCUGGUGUCCCAUUACCCGGUGUAGCUCCAGUCUUAGGUGCUGCUUUUAUGAAUCCUCUUACCGCUAUUGGUGCUACUACAGUGCAGCAGCAUCCUCUCAUUGUUGCCCAAAACUUAAUUCAACCGAAAAUUCAGGAUGAGUUGAUAGCAAGAGAAAUUGUCAUUAAUGACGCUGAUCCGGCUGUUCGCUACAGGCUCACAAAGCGCCAAACCCAGGAAGAGAUUCAGAAGAGCUCGGGUGCUGUGGUUAUAACUAGGGGUAGAUACAGGCCUCCAAAUGCACCAUCUGAUGGUGAAAAACCCCUCUACCUUCAUAUUUCUGCUGGGGCACAUCUAGAAACAACACUGGAGAGGAUCAAAGCAGUUGAUCGUGCUGCUGCUAUAGUGGAGGAAAUGCUGAAGCAAGGUACUGUUAACAAUGGAUUGAAGGUCAAUCAUCUGCUUAGCACCUGUGUCUACCUGGGCUUUGAUGCUGAUCCAUCAGCAAAUAUUGCUGCGCGCAUUCGUGGACCAAAUGAUCAGUAUAUAAAUCACAUUAUAAAUGAAACUGGAGCGACUGUCUUGCUACGAGGGCGUGGUAUGGGAUAUUCAGAUGGAGAACAGGGUGAAGAUUUGCAUCAACCUCUGCAUUUACUCAUAUCAAGCAAUAACAGUGCAAGUCUUGAGCGUGCAAAGCUUUUGGCAGAAAAUCUUUUGGAUACUAUAUGUGCAGAGUGUGGUGCUUCUAGAGUCUCUUCUUGUAAGGUUUAUGGUGCUGUUCCACCUCCACCACAACCAUUAGCCAGCAUUCAGGGUUCUGGAAGUGAAUCAGAAGUCAAUAACAUACCUGCAGCCAAUGUAGCUGCACAGAUUCUGAGCUCCACAACAGCAGCAGCAGUUCCCGUGACUGCAGCUGCAGGUGUGACUAAUGUUGUUUCUCAGGGUACAGUGCCUCAAUCUGUUGGUUCACUGAAUCCUGUGCCAUCUCAACCUCCCACCGGUUGCUAUCCUCAUCAAUUAGUUACAAGUAGAACAAGCUAUAUUGGUUAUGAUGGUAUAUAUCCACAAGCCACUCCUCUGCAGCAAGUUGCUUUGGCUCUUAGGCAUUCUACUUCUCCAGUCACUGCCACAGUUGCUCCGGCAACAACAGGAGCAAGCAUCACUUCACAGACAAGUAUAGGUUCUGAGAAGGACAAGCGCCCUGCACAGAAGCGUAAAUUUCAGGAGCUGCCGGCUGCUGGAAAGAGCCAAGUAACUGUAAACCAGGUAUGUGCUAAAUCUCCUUGACCUAUACUAAGGUCUCUCCAGGCAAUUGCCUUUUACUAGCUUUUGAUGCGAAGAUUAUAUUGGUAAGAAAUGAACACUGAAAGCAUUUCUUGUUAUAAUUUCUGGCAAAGGAAUCUAGACUGGAGUAUUCAGGGGUUCUUCUGUUAUCAUUUUCUGCUUGUUGAAGUAUGCAACGGGGCACUAGCGGUGCAAAAAGUUUUGCUCCAAUAGCCUUUCUUUUGGAUGAGGACUAAAAUGAUAGAUGAUAUGAUCCAAAAUUAAUAAAAAGGUAGAUUAUAUAUGAGUACUGGCACUACUACAGUUCCAACUACAUAGUGGAAGAUUGAGGCGUACAUGUAUCACUAAUCUGAACGGAUCAAAAGCACCUCUCCAAGUACUGCUCUUUGACCAUUCACUAUGUGGUAUCUGGCUAAUCGAUUGCUAGAAUGAUGAUAUAACUGAAAAAAGAUGUCAGUUUGUAUAAAACAAGUUUCCCUUAGUUUUUGGUGUAAAUUAGAAUAUAUACAGUGUCGUAUCUAGAAGGGGGUUCCUGGGGCACGUGAACCUAUGCUCCCCUCCCUAGGUCGUGUAUAAUAAUGUUAU